UACAUCUUGUUUUGUUUUUGUGAAGUCUCCCCUUUGAGCAGACAGGAUGGAGAACGCACACACCAAGGAAACAGCAGAAUGCCUGGCCUACUUCGGCGUGAACGAGAGCACAGGCCUCGCUCUAGAUCAGGUCAAGAAAAACCAAGAAAAGUUUGGAUUCAACGAGCUGCCCGCUGAAGAAGGCAAGACCAUCUGGGAGCUGGUGGUUGAGCAGUUUGAAGAUCUCUUGGUCAGGAUCCUGCUGUUGGCUGCCUGCAUCUCUUUUGUACUGGCCUUGUUUGAGGAAGGUGAGGAAACCGUCACUGCCUUUGUCGAGCCUUUGGUCAUUCUCCUCAUCCUUAUCGCCAAUGCUGUGGUUGGAGUAUGGCAGGAGCGUAAUGCAGAGAGCGCAAUUGAGGCUCUAAAGGAGUAUGAGCCAGAAAUGGGCAAAGUCUACCGCGCUGACAGAAAGAGCGUACAGAUGAUCAAAGCCAGAGAGAUCGUUCCUGGAGACAUCGUGGAAGUGUCAGUUGGUGACAAAGUCCCUGCUGAUAUCAGAAUCACCGCGAUCCGCUCCACAACUCUGCGUGUGGACCAAUCUAUCCUCACUGGUGAGUCUGUAAGUGUGAUUAAACACACAGAGUCUGUUCCUGACCUCAGGGCUGUCAACCAGGACAAGAAGAACAUGCUUUUCUCUGGCACUAACAUCGCUGCUGGCAAGGCUAUCGGAGUUGUGGUUGCCACCGGUGUCUCAACUGAGAUCGGUAAGAUCCGUGAUCAGAUGGCUGCCACUGAGCAGGAGAAGACCCCCUUGCAGCAGAAGCUGGAUGAGUUCGGUGAGCAGCUCUCCAAAGUCAUCUCCCUCAUCUGUGUGGCUGUCUGGCUUAUCAACAUUGGCCACUUCAACGACCCAGUCCACGGCGGCUCCUGGAUCCGUGGUGCUGUCUACUACUUCAAGAUCGCUGUGGCUCUUGCCGUAGCCGCCAUUCCCGAAGGUCUGCCUGCUGUCAUCACUACCUGCUUGGCUCUGGGAACCAGACGCAUGGCUAAGAAGAAUGCCAUCGUCCGCUCUCUUCCCUCUGUAGAGACUCUGGGCUGCACAUCUGUCAUUUGCUCAGACAAGACUGGCACCCUCACCACCAACCAGAUGUGUGUUACAAAGAUGUUCGUCAUUGAAAAGGUGGAGGGUGAAUCUGUGGCUCUUGACCAGUAUGACAUUUCUGGAUCCAAGUACACACCAGAGGGAGAAGUUACUAGGGGGGGACUUCCUGUCAAGUGUGGCCAGUACGAUGGCCUUGUUGAGCUGGCAACCAUCUGCGCCUUGUGCAAUGACUCUUCUCUGGACUUCAAUGAGUCUAAAGGAAUCUAUGAGAAAGUGGGUGAGGCUACAGAGACUGCCCUGUGCUGCCUGGUUGAAAAGAUGAACGUGUUCAACACUGACGUCCGUGGUCUGUCCAAGGUUGAUAGAGCCAAUACAUGCUGCACUGUGAUCAAACAGCUUAUGAAGAAGGACUUUACUCUUGAAUUCUCCCGUGACAGAAAGUCCAUGUCUGCCUAUUGCUCCCCUGCAAAGGCCUCCAAGGCCCCUGUUGGAAACAAGAUGUUUGUCAAGGGUGCUCCUGAGGGUGUGAUUGAGAGAUGUGCCUAUGUGCGUGUUGGCACCACCCGUGUGCCCCUGACUGGUCCAGUUAAGGAUAAGAUCAUGGCUGUGAUCAAGGAAUGGGGUACUGGCCGUGAUACCCUGCGCUGCCUGGCUCUGGCAACCCGUGACAACCCUCUGAGAAGGGAGGAAAUGAACCUGGAGGACUCUACCAAGUUUGCUGAAUAUGAGACCGAUCUCACCUUUGUGGGUUGUGUUGGUAUGUUGGAUCCUCCUCGUAAAGAGGUUGUUGGAUCCAUUGAGCUGUGCAGGGCUGCUGGCAUCCGUGUGAUCAUGAUCACAGGAGAUAACAAGGGUACCGCUGUGGCUAUCUGCCGCCGUAUUGGCAUCUUCACUGAUGAUGAGGAUGUGACAGGCCGUGCUUUCACUGGCCGUGAGUUUGAUGACCUGCCACUGGCCCAGCAGAGAGAAGCUGUGCGUAAGGCUUGCUGUUAUGCUCGUGUCGAGCCCUCUCACAAGAGCAAGAUCGUUGAGUUCCUUCAAGGCUUUGAUGAGAUCACCGCCAUGACUGGUGAUGGUGUGAAUGAUGCUCCUGCCCUGAAGAAGGCAGAGAUUGGCAUUGCCAUGGGCUCUGGCACCGCUGUUGCCAAGUCAGCCUCUGAGAUGGUCCUGGCCGACGACAACUUCUCCAGCAUUGUGGCUGCUGUUGAGGAGGGCAGAGCCAUUUACAACAACAUGAAGCAGUUUAUCCGCUACCUCAUCUCCUCUAACGUCGGUGAGGUCGUCUGCAUCUUCCUGACAGCUGCUCUUGGUCUUCCUGAGGCUCUGAUCCCCGUUCAGCUUCUGUGGGUGAACCUGGUGACUGACGGUCUUCCUGCCACCGCUCUGGGCUUCAACCCCCCUGAUUUGGACAUCAUGGGCAAGGCUCCCCGCUCCCCCAAAGAGCCCCUCAUCUCUGGCUGGCUGUUCUUCAGGUACCUGGCCAUUGGAGGUUAUGUUGGUGCUGCAACUGUUGCUGCUGCUGGGUGGUGGUUCAUCUACUGUGACGAGGGCCCUAUGGUCUCUUUCUACCAGCUGUCCCACUUCAUGCAGUGCACUGCUGAGAACGAGGACUUUGCCGGUAUUGACUGCGGGGUGUUUGAGGCUGCUCCACCCAUGACAAUGGCUCUGUCUGUGCUGGUCACCAUUGAGAUGUGCAACGCUCUGAACAGCUUGUCUGAGAAUCAGUCUCUGCUGCGUAUGCCUCCAUGGAGCAAUUUGUGGUUGGUUGGAGCCAUGUCUCUCUCCAUGUCUCUGCACUUCAUGAUCAUCUAUGUGGACCCUCUGCCUAUGAUCUUCAAGCUAACCCAUCUCAAUGUAGAACAGUGGAUCGUUGUACUGAAGCUUUCUUUCCCCGUCAUCCUCAUCGACGAGCUGCUCAAGUUUGUUGCUCGCAACUACCUGGAGCUGAAAGAUGAGAAUCUAGUGUCCAAAAAGUGGGACUGAAAAAGAGAAAAAGAAGAACUGAGAAAAACACAGAACGAG